AUCAUGCUAAAAUUUAAACUACUCAAAAGAUCAAACACUUGCUAACGUACGAAAUUGUAACAUAUUCUUCCAAUUUGGACACUAUUGACCACUAAGUAACACUUAUCUCUUAUGUUCUUCAAUUAUUAUACAUAAACCUCACUACCCUUUUCUUUUCAUGUCACAACUAUUCAUAAUUUACUUAGAAAAUCCUGCUAUUAUGGAGAUGAAUUCUGAGGAACCUAGUGUGUUUUUUGAGGCGGAGAACGAGGAUGAUACUUUUUAUGCCGAGAUUAAGAGACAGAUUCUGUUGUUGACAUCUGAAGAUAAUGAAGAUUUAGUUGAAACCAAAAGUUUUGACAACAGUGAUGUUGCUAAUGAUGGUUCAAAUAGGUCAGUUUAUGGUUUUAACGGUUUGAUAACGCCUAGGAGAAAAUUCGAUUUGUGGGAAACUGGGAGCUCGGGUUCAGCACCGGUUUGGCUAGUGAAUUUGUGGAAGAAUGGCAAAGGAACUGGAGUGUUCAUUCCUCAAGUUUCAUGCAAGGAAAAUCAAAGACCAGCAAGAAUGAACAAUGGGAGGAGGAAAAUCUAUAGGCAAGUGGUGAAUAAGAAAUGAAGAAGAAGCAUAUGUUGUGGAAAUGUGUAUUUAGUGAAAUUUGAACACUGUAGCUUACUUAUAAUAUAGUUUAUGAUUAUAUGACGAUUCAUACAAAUAAAAAGUGCAGUUAAUAAUGUUAUUAUAAGAGAUACUAUAAUGAACUUGUGAAAUUUGUUUCA